AUGCAUUUCGCUUUUCCUCCUCGCAAAACCUCACAUCCUCCGCCCUAUGCUGCGCGCUCAUCCCGCUCGGGUUUCCUGCGAUACAGCCAGCUCCGGAAUAUCUUGAUCCUAGCUGUCGGCGCGCUCAUCACACUAUACCUGCUCUCUGGCCUGUUUUCCGGCUCAAGCAGUGUAUCAAUACCGGCUGGAACACCCAGAGCUGUCGUGGUCACUACACUUGACCCUUCAUUGAGCGAAUCUUACAAAGCUGCCAUCAAGGCCAACCGAAAGCAUUAUGCCGCUAAGCACGGUAAGCGACCAUACAGUUGCUUUGCCAUGUUAUCACUUUACUAA